AUGGGAAGCUCUGGAUCUGCUCCAGACCAGGGCGGUGACGGGAGGACAGGUGCAGAAGCCGAAGCUCAGGACCGAGCCGGAGAAGAGCAGCCGCACACGGGCGAGCUCAGGGUCACGGUGAUCUUUGCUACGAGUGGUGAGACCCACUCAACAGUUGUGCUGCCUGCCGGCGCCCUGGUCUCCGACCUUGCCAAGGCGCUGGACGAGACCAGCAAGGUCCCGGGCAAAUGCCGCAGCUUCCUUCGAGAUGGGAUGCCUCUGCGCAUGGCGGAUCCUUUGGCCUGCAGCGGUGCAGUGGAGGAAGUGACGAUUCAGCUGGUGGUCCACAGCCUUGUGGGGCGCUGGACUUGGAAAAAGGGCGAGAUGCCGGAGGAGCAGGAGGCGCAUGACUACGAGUGCCACGUUCUACUGCUACGCGGCGAUGGCCGCGCCCAGUUCAACCAGUUUCAUUCCUGGCGGAAAGACAACGAGAACUAUGGCUCCAAAAGGACCAUGAUCGGCUGCAAGGAACGGGGUGGUCCACGAGACCAGCUGAGCAGCGAAUUCCUUUGCGGAGAGGACUUGAAAGACGGAGGUCGGGGCGUAUGGGAGGUGCAGCACGACCCGGAGCCCACCCUUUGUGUCAGCGGACCUGGUUUCGUCUCUGCCGGGAUCAUCGAAGAUGACGACCUGGUGGCACACGGCGCGGGGGCGAUCCCGCACGAAGUCUUCGUUGUCACCCUCCGAGAGCUGCUAGCGAGCUUCGAGUUCUCAAAAGACUGA